UAUACGAGGAAUGCGUUUAUCGCGAGAAUACAGUCAGUGUGUCCUUGCUGAGUCCGAAAUGGGGUACUGGGACUUACCAGAGGGCACAGACUGUGUGGAAAAAACAUGGAUCACAACCAAACUAGGCACGGCUUUGGGCCUGGUUGGUUCAGCCUAUCAUCUAGUGGCAUUCCCACCUGAUUCUGCAUUGGCAGCACUACAGAGAACGACCAACGCAACAGUUCCUAUGGCUGUCAUGGGAGCCAUCUUUGGCAUGGCAACGUGUCUUAGUGCUCAGGCUCGUGAAGCCCCAGAUGACCCACUGAAUUACUUUAUCGGGGGUUGUGCCUCUGGGAUCUUCCUGGGAGCCAGAACCCACAGUGCUAUGACUGGUACGUCAGCGUGUCUGGGCCUGGGUACACUGGCCUUCUUUACAAAAGUUGGCAAGAUGGAGGGCUGGAAGCUAGUUGGACCCCCUAAACUAUGAGGAGGAAAAUGCCUGUAAGAUUUAACUAUAUGUUGUAAAAAGAGUUCAUGUAAUAAAGUUCUUGUGAAAAUGACCCAAUAAACUUCCAUUUACUUGA